CGCACGUUGUUGUCGCGCAUUUUCGUACAGUUUAGGUAAACAGAAACAUAUCAAACCGCGUGUUAACGUUGAGUAGAUGUAUGAUUCACCCGUGCAAUUUUAGAUGGCUCCGGCCUUAGAAGCAACAUCUGCACCUCGUAGAGAAUCAUCUCGUUUGCAGGACGUUAAUUCAAGAAGGGUGCUUGACAUUGCUACAAGGAAGAGAAGAUUGAAUCGUCAGCUAGAAGCACUUGAAAAAGAUAACUUUCAGGAAGAUCCAUUAGAGAACUUGCAAGAGAUCAAAAAGAAGAGGCCAAAGUUUGGUAUCCCAUCGGAUCAGGACGAAAUAGAAGGAGAGGGCACACCUCAGCCAUCAAAGAAAAAGAAAAGGUUAAGAGGAGAUCAUUUUAAACAGAGGUUCAGAAAAACAUUUGCUGCUGUUAUUGAAGAAGAAAGACAAGCUACAGAGAAAAGUGACAAGCCAAACUAUUUUACUAUAGGCGUUCCACCAUCUAAGUUUCCACCUCGUAGUUUCUGUGCUGUUUGUGGCUUUUUUUCUAGUUAUACCUGUAUUUCCUGUGGUUCGAGAUACUGUAGUGUAAAGUGCUUAGGCACACACCAGGAUACAAGGUGCUUGAAGUGGACUGUAUAAUCAUGGAGAAAAGAAUAAAGAAACUAGAGGAAGAAGUAUCAAAGCUGAAAUCGGAGAACUCAUCACUACAACAAACAUACAAACAGCUGGUUGAAGAGAGUAAAGUGGAAAGUUAUGACGCCAGGAGAAGUCUAAUGCUGAAGUCACAGAUUAUCCAACUGGAAAGGCAGUGUAUGCUGUUAAGUGAUGCUUUGUCAUCGCGCACAGAUGUACUGGUGGAAACAGAAAAUGCACUGAUUGCUCUCAUCAGCAACUUUCAGGAGCUUUUGGCAAACGAAGAGACAGGACCUACUGUAAAAAUUUCUCGAAAGCAACUGAUCUCUGAUAUUCAUCACAUGCAAAGAUUGAAGGGUAGCAUGUUCAAGCAGCAAGUAUUAUGUUCCUCUGAUCAACUGAAGAUACCUCAACUAACUGGAUGCAAAUUUUCCAACCAACCUGACUUGACCUGUAUUGAUGUUUGUAAAGCUGAGUCAAAACACCUUAAUCUGGUUCAUGUGUCAAAACUAGAGGAUGAUCUUGCAAAGUUGUAUAAACAACUGCAUGAAUUUGAAACUGUGCUAGAGUUAAUGCUUCCCUCUUCUAAAACUAAAUCAUCCGAAAGUAAAAGAUCACCAAGCGCACAUAUGUUUUCUAAGUCUUUUGAAAAAUUGAAAACAAGGAGUGAGGAAUGCAAACUUUCAAUUGAGAAUUCUUGUCAGGACUUGUUGUCUGUUUCCCUCCUUUACCCAUCUGCUCCAUGGUCAGUUAUACAGCGGCCUGAAAAGUUUGGGGUAUUUGAACCCAGUGCUGUACUUAACGGUAUGGCUCCAGCAAUCCGUCGCCGUGCUGAUGUCAAAUCUACUGUCACGGCAAUGUGUAAAGCCCAUAGUUAUUUAGUGCAUAUGCACAAGCUCGAAAUGGCUGCAGUUAAAACUGCUGUUAUCACUACCAAGGAAAUGAACUCGAUUUACUCAGAUUAUGCUGAAUCCUUAUUUGAAAAUAUCCUGGAAGCUUAUACACGUUGUGAGAAGAAACUUACAAGCACUGUUUGUGAACCUAUGGAGUCAAUUUUAACAGCAUGGGUCAAAUUAAAGAAUUCCCAGUCUGACAACGCUUUAAGGCUGUUUUUGUCCACAGUGAAAGAGCAUGAAAAUGCGUUGCGAGAUUUCAGUCAAAUAGAUUCAGAAGAUCAGUCACUCCGUGUUUCACUUGAUAAAUUGAAAACUGUAUUCUUGCUGGAGCUACAAGCAGUGCAACAGAGGGGCGCAGAUGAUGCAGAGAAAGCAAGGAAUGAUAUUACAACCCAUAGAGAGGAAAAUGAGAAUGUUGUGUUGAAAAUAUUAAAAGAAAUGAAAAUUGCACAGAAAUAAUCUAAAAACAACAUUAUAUAGGCUAUAAAAAUUGUUGUUUUUUAUUUUUUCUUUUGUUGAUUAUUUUGCUAAAAUUUGUUGUGUAGAUGUAGAUGAUAAAUGAAGUUGUACAACAUACUCUCUUACUUUUCGCUGAAAUAUUUUUCCUCAGUUAAUUUUGUAUGUAAAAUUUUGUUGAAAUUUAGUAAUGAUCUCUAUCUUUUUUGUAG